AUGUCAGACAGAACAAUGACACGGCAAGUACUGUUGUUUAUCUCAGUCCUCUCUCUCAGUUCAGUGAACGGGCAGGUCAGUUACUCCAUUCCAGAGGAAAUGGCGAAAGGCUCUUUAGUCGGUAACAUAGCGCAGGAUUUGGGUUUAGAUAUAAAAAGACUGAAAUCAGGUAAAGCUCGUAUUUAUACUGGAGACAGCGCAGAAUACAUCGAGCUGAAUAAAGAAAGGGGAGUUCUCCUUAUCAAAGAGAGAAUAGACCGUGAAGCGCUCUGCGGACAGACGACGCCUUGUGCACUGCAUUUUCAGAUUAUUUUAGAAAAUCCCAUGGAAUUCUUUCGAGUAACUGUUGAGAUUACAGAUGUAAACGAUAACUCUCCUACUUUUAAAAAGAACGAGAGACGUUUUGAAAUUAGCGAAACCGCUGUUACUGGCUCUACGUUUAUGCUAGAGAGGGCGAUGGAUCCUGACGUUGACGUGAACGGUCUCCAUAGCUACAUCCUUAAUCCCACUGCUAAUUUCCAGUUAAAACUGAAAAAUCAACCUGACGGGAGUAAAAAGGUAGAGAUGGUUUUACAGAAGCCUUUAGAUCGAGAGAAACAGGAGCAGAUAUCUUUAGUCUUAACCGCUCUCGAUGGAGGUGAGCCUCAGUUGUCUGGAACAGUGCAGAUACACGUCAUUGUAUUAGAUGCGAACGACAAUGCCCCGGUUUUUACGCAGGAGAUAUACAAAGCAACCGUUGUUGAAAAUUCGCCGAAAGGAACCUUGAUGACGAAAGUCAGCGCAUCUGACGCGGAUAAAGGAUCAAAUAGUCUCGUCAGCUAUUCUUUGUCCAGCAGUACUGAUCUGUUUGAGUUAGACAGCGACAGUGGUGAACUUAGACUCAUUGGUCAAAUAGAUUAUGAAAAAGCUCAACAUUAUCAAAUGUUUAUUGAGGCAAUGGAUGAGGGAGGACUAUCCGAUUCUAGUAAAAUAAUCAUAGAUAUUAUUGACGUCAACGACAACAGUCCCGUUAUUAAUAUAAUGUCAAAGUCUAGCUCAAUAGCUGAGGACUCGAGCCCAAAUAUAGUUAUAGCUAUGAUCAACGUUAACGAUCCGGACUCAGACCACAACGGUCAGUUAAACUGUGGGAUAAAUGAAAAUAUUCCCUUCACCAUUAAAUCUACAUCUAAUGGAUUCUAUAGCCUAGUAACUGAUAGUGACUUGGACCGAGAGAGAGACUCUGAGUAUAACAUCAGUGUGACGUGCUCUGAUGAGGGCGUGCCCUCGCUCUCCAGCAGCGUCACUCUCACCUUACACAUAUCAGAUGUGAAUGACAACGCGCCUGUCUUUGAGAGGAGCUCAUAUGAGGCCUAUAUUAUAGAAAACAACACACCGGGCCUCUCUAUAUUCACAGUGAACGCCAGAGACGCUGACUGGAACCAGAAUGCCCGUGUUUCUUACAUACUGGAGGAUUCCUCGGUUAACGGUGUGCCCGUCUCCUCAUUUGUGUCCGUUAGUGCUGAUAGUGGAGUCAUCCAUGCAGUGCGCUCUUUUGACUACGAGCAGAUCAAGGAUUUCCAGUUCCGCGUAAAAGCGCAGGAUGGAGGCUCUCCUCCUCUCAGUAGCAAUGUGACUGUGAAAAUAAUGAUCCAUGACCAGAACGACAAUGCGCCUCAGGUUCUGUACCCAGUCCAGACUAGCAGCUCUCUGGUGGCUGAAAUGGUGCCUCGUUCAGCAGAUGUUGGCUAUCUUGUCACUAAAGUGGUGGCUGUUGAUGUGGACUCUGGACAGAAUGCCUGGCUCUCGUAUAAACUGCAGAAAGUGACAGACAGGGCGCUGUUUGAAGUGGGCUUACAGAAUGGAGAAAUAAGAACUAUACGCCAAGUCAAUGAUAAAGAUGCUGUGAAACAAAGGCUCACUGUCGUAGUGGAGGACAACGGGCAGCCCGCGCGUUCAGCUACAGUCAAUGUUAACGUGGCGGUGGCGGACAGUUUCCCUGAAGUGCUCUCGGAGUUCACUGACUUUACGCACGACAAGGAGUACAAUGACAACCUGACAUUUUACUUAGUCUUGGCUUUGGCUGUAGUAUCAUUUCUGUUCAUCACAUGUUUAGUUGUUAUUAUAUCAGUGAAAAUAUACAGAUGGAGACAGUCUCGCAUCCUCUAUCAUUCCAAUCUCCCGGUUAUUCCAUAUUAUCCACCGCGUUACGCAGACACUUUGGGGACAGGAACGCUACAGCACGUGUACAAUUACGAGGUGUGCAGGACGACUGACUCCAGAAAGAGUGACUGUCAGUUCGCCAGACCCUGUAGUCAGAACGUACUGAUAAUGGACCCCAGUUCUACAGGGACGAUGCAGCGGAUGCAGAGUGAAAGGAACAUCUUGGAUGAACCAGACUCUCCACUAGAGGUUGGUGUUAAUGAAAACGAUUUGUACUAUUUACUCAAGUGUUCUUGCUUACAGCCUUUCGUCAUAUGCCGGUUGCAUUUUCAGAUCGCCUACUUGUGUCCUUCUCAGCACCAGGGCUGUGGACACCGCCGCUUUUCUUUCAUUGAGGUCCAGUGA